GCCAGCCCCGGCGAACGCGGCUGGGCCCUGGGGACCGAGUCUCGGCACCGCCGUGGACGGGGCGCAGUGCGCGCCGCAGCCGGAGCGGGGCCGGGCGCCGCCGCUCCUCCUUCCGCCUGCCAUGCAGUCUUCCGGCUCCUCUGGCUCCCGUAGCCCCAGCCGGGGCCGGGCCAGCCCGAGAAAGACAGGACAGUCUCCAAUGUGAGAAUGGCUGUGACUUUGGAAGAAGCUCCGUGGCUGGGCUGGAUCUUGGUGAAAGCCCUGAUGAGGUUUGCCUUCAUGGUCGCCAACAACCUGGUUGCUAUUUCCUCCUACAUCUGCUAUGUAAUUGUGCUUCAGCCCCUUCGACUGCUGGACAGUAAGCGGUUCUGGUAUAUUGAAGGAAUCAUGUACAAAUGGCUUUUAGGAAUGGUGGCUUCUUGGGGAUGGUAUGCUGGAUAUACAGUGAUGGAAUGGGGGGAAGAUAUUAAAGCAAUUUCAAAAGAUGAAGCAGUAAUGUUGGUGAAUCAUCAGGCAACAGGAGAUGUGUGUACUUUGAUGAUGUGCCUCCAGGACAAAGGACUGGUUGUUGCUCAAAUGAUGUGGUUGAUGGAUCAUAUUUUUAAGUACACAAACUUUGGAAUUGUUUCUCUAAUUCACGGAGACUUCUUUAUCAGACAGGGAAAAUCUCAUCGUGACCAACAGCUUCUUCUUCUCAAGAAGCACCUAGAAAAUAAUUACAGGAGCAGAGAUCGAAAAUGGAUUGUUCUGUUUCCAGAAGGGGGCUUCCUCAGGAAGAGGCGAGAAACCAGUCAGGCAUUUGCCAAGAAAAAUAACUUGCCAUUUCUUACACAUGUCACUUUGCCAAGGAUUGGGGCAACAAAAAUUAUUUUGAAUGCACUUGUAGCACGACAGGAAAAUGGAAGUCCAGCAGGAGGAGAUGCUAAGGAAUUAGAUAAAAAAUCGAAAGGCCUCCAGUGGAUAAUAGAUACAACCAUAGCUUAUCCCAAAGCUGAACCCAUAGAUAUUCAAACCUGGAUCCUUGGAUACAGGAAACCGGUAGUCACACAUGUACAUUACAGGAUCUUUCCAAUUAAAGAUAUACCCCUGGAGACUGAUAACCUUGCUGACUGGCUCUAUCAGCGUUUUAUUGAAAAAGAGGACCUCUUAUCGCAUUUUUAUGAAACAGGGGCUUUUCCACCUCCCAAGGGCCAGGAGGAAGCUGUUUCCAGGGAAAUGAUGCUCAGCAACGCGUGGAUAUUUCUCAUACAGUCUUUUGCAUUUUUGUCAGGCUAUAUGUGGUACAACGUCUUUCAGUAUUUUUACCAUUGCCUGUUUUAGGAAUUGACUUGGACUUGUCAAGGUCACCACAGGAGCUUGGACUUUCAUAAGUGU